UCAAGCAUGAAGAAUCUGACCCUGAUCCUGAUUAUAUUAGUGGUGGUAGCCGCUCUGGCUUACGCCCAUCAUCAUCACCGUCGUCAUCGUCACCGCCGUCAUCAUCACCAUCAUCAUCACCACCACCAUCAUCGGCACCACAGACACCACCGUCAUCAUCACCACCACCAUCAUCAUAGACAUCACCGUCACCGUCACCACAGCCACAGUCACAGCAGCAGCAGCAGCUCCAGCAGUCACGAGACCAUCGUCGUCCACCAUCACCACUCCUCUCCGUCGUCCUCCUCUGGCUCAUCCGGCGGGUCCUCCGGCUGCUCCAGCUGUGGAGGCAGCUCCCAGUCCUCGUCCUCGUCCUCCGAGGACUACCCCAUCCCAAUCCCCGUCCCCUACAGUCACGGAGGCAGCAGUGGUAGCAGCAGUGGAGGAUCUUCUGAUGCUGCUCUCCUGCAGGCUCUCAUCAAUGCUGGAAAGAAAUAAAAC